AGAGAUUGGGUGAGUGCGCUACCAAACCUUUUGCAAGCAUAUAACAACAGUGUUCAUAGUACGACGGGGUAUGCCCCUACUUACCUGAUGUUCGGCAGGCACGUACGGAUGCCCACUGACCUGGUCCUGGGAGUAGCAGCAGACCGGGAAGAAGUGAGUGUGACGGAGUGGGUGGGGUGCCAUCACCAGCGUCUACACUUUGCGUACGAGCAAGUGUCUAGAAAGAUACAGACGGCAGGAGAAAGGAACAAACGUCUGUAUGAUCGGACUGCUCGAGAUGCCCCCCUGUUACCAGGUGAGAGGGUCCUGGCGAGAGAUAACCGGCGGCAAGGAAAGGGAAAGUUAAGUGACCGCUGGGAGGCUAUCCCGUAUGUGGUCUGCAAGCAGCAGAGACCGGGACAGCCGGUGUACACCAUCCGGCCGGAGGGAAAACCUGGCCCCGAACGUGUAGUACAUCGGAACAUGCUCCGCCCCUGUCCGAAUUACCCUGAGGCUGUGAGAGAAGGGCACACAGAGCCAGUACCGGUGGCCCCCUGGAUGGAAGGAUGGGCGGUGGUACCAGGUCGACCCGUGGCGGCGCUACCCCCGGCCGCCCAGAGGCAGCCAGAAAUAGCACCCGAGCCAGCUGAACCCCCAGUGGCCCAGAUACCGCCUGAGUUGAUACCGGAGCCGGUUGAACCCCCGGCGGCUCAGAUGCAACCAGAGGUAGUACCCGAACCAGUCGAACCCGAUUCACCCGUGAGACGCUCCCAACGGGAGAGCCGAGGACGCCCCCCUGCCCGGUACGGUGAGUGGACAACGCCGAGGCAUUCCAGGGACUAGAAUGCAUUGGCGGGGGAGGAUGUCACAGGAGUGACGAUCUUUUAGGCGGAACCAAAAAUUGGGCAAGUUUGGUUCCGCCCGGAUGUUUCCGCCCGGACCGGUAAAAGAAAACACCGGACAUCCGGUAGCGCCGCGAACGCUGUAAUCAGCCGAAUUACAUGCAGCUGAGAGUUAUCAAGAGGAGCGCCGGGUGAUUGGGCGAGAACAACACUCAGGGGAGUAUUUUAGAUCAGUUUGAAACACAGUUUGAGGUCGAUUAUUCCUGUUGUUGAUGUGGACCGUAGCGCUGAGUUGGGCUCACCUGGUACACUAUUUUGGACUGCUGUAUUGCUCUCUCCCUCGUUCUGGAUUAUAGAUUUACGUGAAGGAAAGUACCGAAGACCUUAAAGGUAAACGAAGUAAACGAAGUAAACAAAUACUGACCUUGGAGGAAAGCAACGAAGGGAGAAAAGACGCACCGUUGUGAGUAUACGUUUAUGGAAGAAUAGUGUUGGCGGCUGGAAAACGCCCUGUCUGCGCAUUUGGAACUAUUACAGCGUGAAGUCAAUCUAGGACAAAGAAAAUACAACAGUUAGAGCGGACGGCCCUACCCCUGAGCCAGCGCGGUGGGUGAGCCGAAGGGCCUUUGUGUGAAACAGCUCCAGUGACGAAAUACAAACACUAGGCCGAGUUAACAUCUCCAUAUUUCCGUCCGGAGCGAAGGAAAGGAAGACGGGCGUCUAUUGUGUGCACUGAGUGGUGGGUGAGUCUUGGAUGUAGAAAUUUUCACUUGAAGUGGUGCUGUGUAAUGCUGUGUCUUGCAGUGGGAUUGCUGUUGUCUUGUCCGACGUAGCCCCCGCCUCCAGUCACUCGCUUCAGAGACGGUAAAAAGGAACUAUGGUCCUAGAGUAAGACCUGUACAUGAUUAUGCUGUGAGUGUGUUUCAGUCUUAAAAACCACGAACUGGCAUCUCGAAGUAUUUUCCCAGCUAGGCGCUCGGCGGACUUGAGUUUAUGAGUGGCGGUGAAGAACUGUGCUAUUGACGGUGCGUGAGUAUUAUCUGUAUUAUUGCUACCUUACCUGUGUCCUCUUUUCAUCAUCGCAGAGUUUGAGGCGAAGGAGAUCCGCCGCCCCGAGGUCUCAACGAGAGGGCGCCCCGGUCCAGUUUUCGAUCGACCAACGGGUCUCGAGGAAAGGGCAGCGCUCGACCCGGUGUGCCGGCGUGACGUUCUCGCCCCUCUGUGGACCAACGAGCUCGCCGAGAGGGUUUCGGCCCCCGGCGCCACCUAGGAAAAACCACUGUCCAGUUGACGCAUCGCGUAGCCAGCCAUCGUAAGUCCGCCACCCUGUUACAUUAAGCAUAACCUGUUAAAACCUGCCAACUCAACAGGGAAGAGGAGUGUGCCGUGAGAGCUGUGCAGAGAGCCGUACCUACCUCGAAGUGGUAGCUAGCAGCCAUCUGUGGAGAGAGAGAACCAUUGGAGACCGAUUCAUUGUGCCCUUGUGUCCCAGUAGUCAUCUGUGGAGAGAGAGAGAGAACCAGCGUGAGCACUGAGAUACCGAGCUGUGAAGAGAGCAUUACCUACCGAACGCUGUAGUCAGCACAGAGGUGAGAGAACCAUUGGAGACCGAUUCAUUGUGCCCUUGUGUCCCAGCAGUCAUCU